GUUUAGAGAAAAAAUAGUUUUAAGCAAAAAUGGCUAAACACCAAAUUUGUUUCAUUUUGUUUAUCACAUUUAUUGUUAUUUUUUUGGUUGCAGCGUUUGAAAGUAAAGAGGUAGAAAGAAAUUUGGAUGAACAGGGAUGGAAUAAUGCCCGUGCUACAUUUUAUGGUGACAUGAGUGGUAACGAAACCAUGCAAGGAGCUUGUGGUUAUGGAGACUUAUUCAAGCAAGGGUAUGGCCUGGAAACAGCGGCAUUAAGCACAGCGCUGUUUAACAAUGGAGCUACCUGUGGAGCUUGCUUUCAAAUAAAGUGUGUCAAUGCUCCUAAAGCAUGUCAUCCAGACCAAAUCAUAACUAUAACUGCCACCAAUUUCUGCCCUCCAAAUUACACAAAAACUCAUGACAUUUGGUGCAAUCCACCACAACAACACUUUGAUCUGUCAUUGCCUAUGUUCUUAAAGAUUGCAGAGUACAAAGCAGGGGUUGUACCAGUUGUUUAUAGAAGAGUUACUUGCCAGAAAAAAGGAGGUCUAAAGUUUGAGAUCAAAGGGAAUCCUAACUGGAUUCUUGUUCUUGUUUUCAAUGUGGGAGGUGUUGGAGAUGUUGUUAAUGUCAAGAUCAAAGGAUCUAAGAUUCAAUGGCUACCAAUGUCGCGGAAUUGGGGACAAAAUUGGCAGACUUCUGUGCAGUUGGGAGGACAAAGCUUGUCUUUCCAAGUACAAACUAGCGAUGGCAAAUGGGUUCAAUCUGAUAAUGUUGUUCCUGAUAAUUGGCAAUUUGGUCAGACAUUUGAAGCCAAGAAUAAUUUUUAAUCAUCAUGUAAUUUCGAAAAUGAGUAGCUUUUUGUUUCUGAUCAAUAUAAUUUAUGAUCUUUUCUCCAAGUUUUUUGUUUCCAAAUAAAUUCUCUGUUUUUGAGUGGACAAUGAACAAAGAAUUGAGGAAAAAAAUACAAAAAAAGAUUCUUUUAGUCGAAAUUAGACAUAAAUUUUACCAGCAGCAAGAUGACAUGUGAAUAAUAGAUAAUUACUCAUUUAAUGUCGUUAAAUAAAUAUGACUGCUGGAUUCUGUGAGGCUGCCAUUUAUGAAUGCUCUAAGAAUUAACAGAAAGAAUGAAGAGAUGAAGAAGAAGAAUGGUUGAAAGAAGAUAUUAGAUGCUGCCAAUCUGGAUGACUGAAUCUAUAUUCAAUUGGAGAGUUAAUAUCUCGAUCGCUCAACUAAUAGUUUUUUCCUUGUUAAUAACAUUAAAGAUACUCAACUAAGGAUGAAAAAAAAUUAAAUUUAUAAAAAGAAGUUCAGUCACUUUCU